GAGAUGGAUGAAGACAAUACUGAUGAUGAUGAUGAUGAAAGUGAAGAUGAAUGGGAGGACGUGGAAGAACUCCAGGAACCUGCCACAGAUAAGUUAGAAGAUGGUGCUGAUCUUCCGGCUGUGAUGAUGCCAAGCAAUCCUGUUGAGAUAGAGAUUGAAACCCCGGAGCAGGUGAAGAAAAGAGAGAGGAGAGAAAAAAGGAAAGCCGAGUUUGAGAUGUAUCUUCGAAGAAUGAUGAAACGUUUCAGCAAGGAGGUUCGUGAGGACACACAUAAGGUUCACCUCUUGUGUUUAUUAGCAAAUGGUUUCUAUAGGAACAGGAUCUGCAGCCAGCCAGAUCUUCAUGCCAUUGGUCUAUCCAUCAUCCCCACCCACUUCACGAAAGUGCCUGCAGGCCAAGUGGACCUUCUCUACCUUUCCAACUUGGUGAAAUGGUUUGUUGGAACCUUCACUGUCAAUGAUGAGCUUUCCACUGAAAAAGGAGAGCCCCUUCAGUCGACCUUGGAGAGGCGCUUUGCCGUCUAUUCUGCACAAGAUGAUCAAGAGUUGGUUCAUAUAUUUUUAAUUAUUCUGCGAGCAUUGCAGCUGCUGUGUCGCCUCGUGCUGUCUUUUCAGCCCAUUCCUCUCAAGGAGAUAAGAGCAAAGGGAAAAAGCUCAUCCAAGAGGCAGUCUGUCAGAGGUACUUCUGAGAAGCAGGAGAGCUCUGCCACAACACCCAAAGCUGUGGCAAAAAAAUGCCCCUACAGAAAAGCCAAACAGGAUGAAAAAUCUUCAGAGAGCGAAGACGACAACAAGGAGCCAAAGAAACACAAAACGUCUCAGACCAAAAGGACACGCAAGUCAAAGUUGACUGCAGGCAUCCAGGAGCAGAAGGAAUCUAGUAACGAGGGGAACUGCUUAGCAGAAAAAGAUGUGCCAGUCAGGCCCAAAAAUGAUCGCCGGAGACGAGUGGCCUCCAAAGUGUGUUACAAAGAAGAGAGUGGAAGUGAUGAGGGCAGUGUUUCAGACUUCGAGGUUUCAGAGGAGGAGGGUGAUCUCUCUGAUGAGGAUUUUGAAACUGUCUCUAAAAGGCGGAGGAGCUCACUGGGCUCCAAGAAGUCAACGGUAACGGCUAUAAAAAGCCCAAAAACUGAGACUUCAGAAUCAAGGCUAUCCAAAAAUUCAUACGGAGCUGAGCCUAGGCCAGCAAAAAGUACAGCUCCAACCUUGCCUCAUGCACAGAGAAAGAGAAGCAAAAUAAUUUCUAGUGAUGAGGAUGAUGGACAGCAGGAAGUAAGGAACAUAAUGGGCACAGACCAGUGGCUGGAGGUUUUCCUUGAACGUGAGGACAAGUGGGUGUGUGUAGACUGUGUUCAUGGCAAUGUUGGCCAGCCCCAGCUGUGUUUCACAUAUGCCACAAAGCCACUGUCCUACGUUGUGGGAUUUGACAAUGAUGGGAGCAUCAGGGAUGUGACGCAAAGAUAUGACCCACUGUGGAUGACUGCAACAAGGAAGAGCCGUGUGGACCCUGAGUGGUGGGAAGACACACUGCAGCCAUAUAGAAAUCCCUAUGUGGAAAGAGACAAGAAGGAGGAAAAUGAGUUUCAAGUUAAGCUUCAAGAUCAGCCUCUACCAACAGCAAUUGGAGAGUACAAAAACCACCCUCUUUAUGCACUGAAGAGGCAUCUCUUGAAAUAUCAGGCAAUCUAUCCUGAAUCGGCUGCUAUCCUAGGGUACUGCAGGGGAGAAGCUGUCUACUCCAGAGACUGUGUACACACGCUGCACUCCAAGGACACUUGGCUAAAGCAAGCUCGAGUGGUGAGAAUUGGAGAAGUGCCUUACAAGAUGGUGAAAGGAUUUUCCAACCAGGCGAGGAAGGCGCGCCUUGCAGAGCCUGCAAACAGGGACAAGGAGGAUCUGGCGCUGUUUGGUCGCUGGCAGACAGAGGAUUAUCAGCCGCCUGUGGCAGUGGAUGGAAAGGUUCCUCGGAAUGAAUAUGGAAAUGUCUAUCUCUUCCUGCCAUCCAUGUUACCCAUUGGCUGUGUGCAGCUGAGACUCUCAAACCUGAACAGAUUGGCGCGGAAGUUGGACAUCGACUGUGCUCAAGCCAUCACUGGAUUUGAUUUUCAUGGUGGCUACUCACACCCAGUUACCGAUGGCUACGUUGUCUGUGAGGAGUAUAAAGAGGUCCUCAUUGCUGCCUGGGAGAAUGAACAAGCAGAAAUAGAAAAGAAGGAGAGAGAGAAGCGUGAGAAAAGAGCUCUGGGGAAUUGGAAGCUGCUGACGAAAGGACUUCUCAUCAGAGAGAGACUGAAGCAACGCUACUCCAUCAAGACUGAGCCAUCGGCACCUGAGACACAGAAGGGAGCUGGAUUCUCUUCCGCUGAAGAAGGAGGUCCGAGUUCAGAGAGUGCAGUAGGGAAUGUGGCCAUUUCUUGGCCCCAAAAUCGCCAGUUAGAGAAGAAAAAAGAAGAGAAGACAACCAGAAAGAGCAAGCGAGAAAAGAAAGGAGAAGCAGCACAGUUGUUCCCUUUUGAGAAACUGUGA